UCCAAGAGGACAUGCUUUUCACAGUGACGGAGUUACAGAACAUUUCUACCUGAAGUUUGCUCCGUUGUAACCUGUAACCUUUGAGGCCGCUCGUUAACUAAGUGAGUGGUGAAUUAGCACAGAUGUGUCGUCUGCUGCUAUAGCUAACACAGUAUCUACGUCUGGACUUUUUCCGAAGUGGAAGCAAGAGACAACACCCAGGCAAGGCCUAUGGAAAGGAGGCUGGGUCACGCCUCAUAUCUAGGGGGGUUUAACACAUGCGCAGUAGAAUCUGGUCUGCGCUCGCCGAAAUUCAGCCAAUCGCAACGCACGACCGCAGCUUGAGUUACACUGCGCAUGCGUUAUACCCCUUGUCUGCCCGCGUUUCAACCUCCUUUCUGUAGGCCUUGCACCCAGGUAGCUCUCUGAGUCGUCCGGUGAAUGGACAGAGUUCCUCUGGCAACGCUGGUUAACCACCAGACUUGGUGGUGAUGCCCAGAGGACAUCAGAACUACCUCAAAGUCUCUCCAUCCACAUAGCGUUCAACACAGCUGUCAACCACACACGUCUUCCUGUUACUGGAGAUGGAUAUGUGUUGGCUGUUUGCUCUGCUCCUGCUGAUGGGCAGAGAUGGACUGUGUCAACAAGAGGAAGUUUGCACGAAGUCGUUGAUCAACUCCUGUGGUGACUGUAUCAGAUCUGGGCCAUACUGUGUGUGGUGUCACCAGCUGAAUUUCACCAAAGCAGGGGAGCAGGAAGCAGUACGCUGUGAAACCAAAGCUAAGUUGAUGGAGAGAGGCUGCAAGAUGGAAGAAAUGAUCUCCCCUGAAAACAAUGUAACGAUUGUAAAGAAAGAUCCUCUGUCCGAGUCAUUCAACCAACAGCAGCAACAGCCCGUCCAGCUGAGUCCACAGAGGAUUAGUCUGAAACUGCGACCUGGGCUUCCUACCACAUUCUCUGUUUCUUUUAAAAGAGUUCAGGGUUAUCCAGUUGAUCUCUACUACCUGAUGGACCUGUCUUACUCCAUGAAAGAUGACUUGGAAUUUGUCAAAGAGCUGGGACAAAGUCUUUUUGCAGCACUGAAUAAAAUCACUGAACAUGCUCAAAUAGGGUUUGGUGCCUUUGUUGAUAAGACCGUCCUCCCUUACACGAACACCAACAAGGAGAAACUGUUGAAGCCGUGUGAUGAGAGUGACCAGCAGUGCCAGGCUGCCUUUGGCUACAGACACGUGCUUAGUAUGACACCAAGGAAAGAUGAGUUCAACAAAAAAGUGACCCAGCAGUUCAUUUCUGGGAACUUGGACUCUCCAGAAGGGAGUCUUGAUGCCAUGAUGCAGGCUGCUGUAUGCGGGGACAAAAUAGGUUGGAGGAACAGCAGCACUCGACUGAUUGUGCUGACCACUGAUGAUGGAUUCCACAUGGCCGGGGAUGGAAAACUAGCUGGCAUACUGGAACCCAAUGAUGAACGGUGCCACAUGGAAAACAACCUUUAUACCCAGAGCACUGAGAUGGACUACCCAUCUGUUGGACAACUGGCUAGACAGCUGAAAAAAAACAAUAUCCAGCCGAUAUUUGCGGUGACAGAAAAUGUGAAGAGUGUGUACAAAGAACUCUCCGGGAUGAUUCCAAAAUCAGAGGUGGGAGUUCUGUCAGGGGAUUCUAAAAACGUUGUUGAAUUGAUUGAGAGGGCCUACAGCAGGCUGUCCUCCAAAGUAACCUUGACCCACGACAAUCUGCCUGAUGGCGUGAGAGUUGUCUACACCCCUAAAUGCAAAGAUCCAGGACCAGAAAGCGAGAGUGAAGGGAUUUGUGACAAUGUACCAGUGGCAACGGCGAUUUCUUUUGAUGUCACAGUGACAGCCCUCUCAUGUAUGGAGGAGAAGUCUUUCACUAUCAGACCACUGGGCAUUAAAGACACAUUGACGGUGACCGUAUCUACAAAUUGUGAGUGUCAAUGUAAGGACCCACUGGGCACAAGCACACACUGCAAGGACAAGGGAAGAGUCAGCUGUGGUAUUUGCAGCUGCAACGAAGGCUUCAUCGGUCAGUUCUGUGAGUGCUCCAUUGGCAACAAAGACGAGCGAACCCUGCGUGCAUCCUGUCAGAGGCAGAAUGGCACAGAGUGCGAGGGUCAAGGAGACUGCGUGUGUGGCAGGUGCCUGUGCCACACCACAGUCACCGGAAGCAGUUACCAUGGUGUCUACUGCGAGUGUGACGAUGAACACUGCGAGAGGUUCCAGAAUAAACUAUGUGGAGGAAACGGCAAGUGCAACUGUGGCACAUGUGAAUGCGAUUUAGGCUUCGAGGGCUCAGCCUGUCAGUGUAAGUCGUCUGUGGAAGGCUGUCGUACCCCUGAGAACACCGUGUGCCAUGGUAGAGGGACCUGCAGGUGUAACCGCUGUGAAUGUAACGAGGGAUACCAGCAUCCACGAUGCAAGACAUGCCUCGGCUGCUCUGACCCUUGCCAGACCAAACUGAACUGCAUUGAAUGCCGCGGCUUUCAAUCAGGUCCCUUUGAAAAAAACUGCAGUGAGGCUUGCAGCCAGAUUACUUACAUGAUGGUAGAUCAGUUCAACAUACAAAGCAAGAAGUGCCAUCAGAAGGACUCGAAUGGCUGCUGGAUCGACUUUAAUCUGGAACAGUUGCUCGGAGUGGACAACUACUACGCUGAAAUUAAGAAAGAGAGAGAAUGUCCGGAACCACCCAGCGUCAUAGCUAUCAUCGGAGGCUCCAUUGCGGCGGUGGCUAUCAUUGGCAUCCUGCUGCUGAUGCUCAUCAAGGGACUUCUCCACCUGAAGGACCUGAAAGAGUUCAAGAAAUUUGAAAAUGAAAAGAAGAAAUCCAAGUGGGCAGAGGCUGAGAACCCCCUGUUCCAGACUGCCACCACCACUGUUGCCAACCCGACCUUCACUGGUGAAUGAGGAUGACCGCUGUGACCAACCCGACCUUCACUGGUGAAUGAGGAUGACCGCUGUGACCAACCCGACCUUCACUGGUGAAUGAGGAUGACCGCUGUGACCAACCCGACCUUCACUGGUGAAUGAGGAUGACCGCUGUGACCAACCCGACCUUCACUGGUGAAUGAGGAUGACCACUGUGACCAACCCGACCUUCACUGGUGAAUGAGGAUGACCGCUGUGACCAACCCGACCUUCACUGGUGAAUGAGGAUGACCACUGUGACCAACCCGACUUUCACUGGUGAAUGAGGAUGACCACUGUGACCAACCCGACCUUCACUGGUGAUUGACGACGACCACUGCGACCAACCCGACCUUCACUGGAGAAUGACGAUGACCGCUGCGACCAACCCGACCUUCACUGGAGAAUGACGACGACCGCUGCGACCAACCCGACCUUCACUGGAGAAUGAGGACGACCGCUGUGACCAAACACAGCUGUGGCGAGAGUUGUAUGUUAGGAGAGUAUUAUUUGUAAUGCUAUUUGCAACUGUCCACAUUCACAUUUAUUUACUGGCAUUAAUGGUGACUUGCUUGUCAUUUACUGCGAUUGCAGUUGCAUUUGUAUUUCUUUACGUAUUAUUCCAAAAAAUAUGCAUAUUGUUGCUUAUUGCUUGUAAUAUUUACAUGUGAUAUAUUGUAAUACAUGUCGCUCAUAAUAUAUACAGUAGGAGAGUAGGGCAGAAGAAGGGCAGGAUUUGAUGAAGUGUAACAUACAUACAUUAGAAUAUUGAUAUUCAUUUUUUGGUUCAACACAGUUUCUCUGUUGAUGCUUGUAGUGAUUUCUAAAAUGAUUGCUUCAAAAUGUUUGUGAAAUACAAUUUGAAGUUGAAGCAAAAUGAAUGAACAAAUAUCAGAAAAUGAAACAUUUUCACAAUUUUGUUAUUUUAAAUGUCAUACUGUAUAUACUAGGUACGAUUUAAAGCUGUUUCUGUCCAACACACAACAAUAAAUGCAAUAUUCAGUCUC